AUGUCUCCGUCCGAAACACCCAACCACCGCGCCUGGUGGAGAGAGUCUUCCGUAUACCAGAUCUGGCCGGCCUCGUACAAAGAUUCGAACAAUGACGGUAUUGGUGAUAUUCCCGGCAUCGUCUCCAAGCUUGACUAUAUCAAGGACCUGGGUGUGGAUAUUGUCUGGCUGUGCCCGUCGUACAAGUCUCCACAGGUGGACAUGGGAUACGAUAUUUCCGAUUACUACAGCAUCGCCGACGAGUAUGGCACGGUCGCAGAUGUCGAGAAGUUGAUCCAAGGGUGCCAUGAGCGCGGCAUGAAGCUCCUCAUGGACCUGGUGGUCAACCACACUAGCGACCAGAUCGAAUGGUUCAAGCAGUCACGAAGCUCCAAGGACAACGAGUACCGGAACUGGUAUGUCUGGAGGCCGGCCAAGUAUGAUGAGAAGGGCAAUCGCCAUCCCCCCAACAACUGGAUCUCUCAUUUCCAGGGAAGCGCCUGGCAGUAUGAUGAACUCACAGAUGAAUACUAUCUCCAUCUGUAUGCAACAGAGCAGCCCGAUCUCAACUGGGAAUACCCGCCGGUUCGCAAGGCCGUCCACGACAUCAUGCGAUUCUGGCUCGACAAGGGCUGCGACGGGUUCCGCAUGGACGUGAUCAAUUUCAUCAGCAAGGACCAGGCGUUCCCCGAUGCCCCGGUCAAGGACCCGCGUAGCAUUUGGCAGUGGGCCGACAAGUACUACGCCAACGGACCACGGCUGCACGAGUACCUACAGGAUCUGGGUAAGAUUCUGAAAGAGUACGACGCGUUCAGCGUGGGCGAGAUGCCCUUCGUCAAGGACGAAAAAGAGGUGCUCCGUGCGGUGCAAUUUGACCGCAACGAGAUUAACAUGAUCUUCAACUUCGAGCAUGUGGACAUCGACCACGGCAAGUAUGACAAGUUCGAGCCCGGCAGCUGGAAGCUCACCGACCUCAAGGAUUUCUUUGAGCGUUGGCAGACCUUCAUGUACGCCAACGACGGCUGGAACGCACUUUACUGGGAGAACCACGACCAGCCUCGUUCGAUUGACCGCUACACCAAUGCCCGCGAGGAGUACCGUCGGGCUUCUUCCAAGAUGCUUGCCACUGCCUUGGCGCUGCAGGCCGGCACUCCCUUCGUGUAUCAGGGCCAAGAGCUGGGAAUGCGAAACGUGCCCCCGGGGUGGGGUAUCGAGGAGUACAAGGACAUUGACUGCCUGAACCAUUGGUACGGAAUGCUGAAGCAGAAGCACUUUGACACGAAAGCCCAAACCAUCGCGCGUCAGGAGUACCAGAAGAAAUCGCGCGACAACGCCCGCACGCCAGUUCAAUGGUCCGACGCCGAGAACGCGGGAUUCACCGGGCCCGGUGUCAAGCCGUGGAUGUCUAUCAACACGGACUAUGUGCGCGUCAACGCUGAGGCCGAGGUCAAGGACCCGGACUCCACCUACCACUACUGGGCCGCUGUUCUCGGGCUGCGGAAGAAGUACCUUGACGUCUUUGUCUAUGGCGACUGGAAGCUUAUCGACAAGCCGAACCAGGAGGUUUUUGCGUACACGCGCCAGUAUGAGAAACAGAAGGCGCUGGUGGUGUGCAGCUUCACCGAGAAUACGGUGGAAUGGGAUGCGGCCAGCAAUGGGAUUGGCGAGGUGAAGGAGGUGUUGUUGAACACUUACGAGGGCACCAAGGAGGCUGCGUCGCGCUUCUCGGGCAGCAAGUGGUCGCUGCGGCCGUACGAGGCCGUGGUGCUGUUUGUCUAG